AUGUCGUCAAUUAUUGCUUAUGUGUUAGUUCUCAUCACUUGCACCACCGUUUUCCAAAUCCCUCCUACAUGCUUGGCCGAUGAUACUGAACUCCAAACCUACAUUGUUCAGUUAACUUCACCCCAAGGCCAAGAGUUUUCACAGCCACGAGACCUUGAAGAGUGGUACAAGUCACUUCUCUUCUCUGAAACUGUUGUUUCAGUCUCAAAUGAGAAACCGAUCAUGAUUCAUAUGUACCACCACGUGAUUACAGGAUUUGCUGCAAAAAUGUCGGCGCAACAAGCAAAGGCGAUGGAGAAUAUGACGGGAGUUUUAUCUAUAAGGUCCGAGAGUGUGUUUCAGUUGCAUACAACUCGUUCCCCACAUUUUUUAGGGUUGCACCAAAAUUCGGGGUUUUGGAUGUCUUCAAAGUAUGGGAAGGGAAUCAUAAUUGGGGUUCUAGACAGCGGAACUAAUCCUGGGCAUCCUUCAUUUCACGAUAAAGGCAUGCCACGUCCACCGGCUAGAUGGAAAGGCAAAUGUGAAGUGGCAGGGUGCAAUAAGAAGCUGAUCGGAAUGAGGAACUUUUUUUCGGGAGCUACUACUCCGGUUGAUGAGGAUGGCCAUGGAACACACACUUCAAGUACUGCUGCAGGGAGUCCCGUACAGAACGCAAACGUAUUGGGAAAUGCCAAUGGCACUGCCACUGGAAUAGCACCACUGGCACACUUGGCCAUGUAUAGAGUGUGUGGGGGAGUUUAUGGACUUUGUACCGGGAGUGCCAUUGCAGCAGGUGUGGAUGCAGCUAUUGAAGACGGUGUUGAUGUGCUUUCAAUUUCACUUGGUGGACCUUCCAGCCAAUUCUACGAAGAUAUUAUUGAUAUCGCCUCCUUUGCUGCCAUGCAGAAAGGGAUCUUUGUGAGUUGUUCGGCUGGUAAUUCCGGGCCUUAUAAUUCAACAUUAUCCAAUGAACCGCCAUGGGUACUUACUGUUGCGGCUAGUACGAUUGACAGGAGAAUAAGGACGACAGUUUAUCUUGGAAACAACAAGUCAUACGAUGGAGAGUCGUUAUACCAACCCAAGAAUUUUAACCAUAAGUUCCGACCUCUUGUUUACCCUGGAAAAGAUGGCAAACUUGUUGAUGUGAAGGGGAAAGUUGUAUUUUGUGAUGGUUCGAGAGGGUGUACGAGCGAACAUGUAAAGGCAGCAGGAGGAGCUGCCGUGAUUCUUGCAAAUGAUAAACAUUUCGGCGAGACAACAAUAGCAGAGGCUCAUGUUCUUCCAGCAUCGGUUGUCGGUUACGGGGAAGGAAUUGAGAUAAAAAAGUAUUUAAAUUCGACUUCUUCCCCUGUAGCCACUAUCCUUUUUCAUGGAACUGUACUCGGCAUAAAUACGGCUCCUGAACUGGCUUCUUUCUCCUCGAGAGGGCCUAACUCUGCAAGUCCUGGAAUCCUUAAACCAGAUAUUACUGGACCCGGGGUUAACAUUCUUGCAGCUUGGUACAAGUCAGAUGAUAACAAUACAAGAAACAAGGCGCACUUCCACGUCAAAUACGGCACGUCCAUGUCUUGUCCUCAUCUAGCGGGGGUAGCAGCACUUAUGAAAAGGGAACACCCAGAUUGGUCUCCUGCUGCUAUCAAGUCUGCAAUAAUGACAACCGCGAGUCAAGUCAACCUAAACAAACACGCGAUUGUAGACCAAAGAGACCCAAGACUGCUCCCUGCAGACGUGUUUGCCAUUGGCUCCGGUCACGUGAACCCAUUAAAAUCCAAUGAUCCAGGGUUAGUCUUUGACAUCCAACAUAGCGAUUACAUUCCGUAUCUGUGUGGGUUAGGCUAUACUCAAAAACAAAUCGAAUUGAUCACAAGGAAGAAAGUCUCAUGCUCAAAAACCAUACUAGAGGCACAACUCAACUAUCCUUCUUUUGCCGUUUCACUAAAAAGAGGUGACAGCAAAACAUACUCUAGGACGGUGACUAAUGUUGGCAUGCCAAACUCAACUUACACGGUUGGCGAAAUUCAUGUGCCACACGGUGUAAAAGUUGUGGUCGGCACUGACACUGACACUGGCAUUGGCACUGCAGCCGGUCCUUCUCAAGUACAUGAGCUCAGCUUCACAGCAGUGCAGCAGAAGGUGACAUACAGUAUAACCUUUUCUCGAGAUGCUACGGCUGAGGUGAAUGGUCCUUACAGCCAAGGCCAUAUGACUUGGGUUUCGGGUCAAUACUCGGUUCGGACACCGUUUUCAUUCAAGUUUGAAUGA